GAACGUGAAGCUGCCUACGAGGCCGAGCAAGCUCGUAUUCGUUUGGAGAAAGAGUUGGAAGUAGCUCGUCUACGUGCUCAACAAGAACGAGCCUCUGACGAAGCAGCAGAACGAGAUGCUUUACGAGCCAAAAGAGCGGCCGAAGCACGCGAACGAGAAUGGAGAAGGAAAGAACAAGCAGAGGCUCAAAAGAAAGCCGAGACAGAGAAUGAAUUGCGUUUGGCUCGCGUUGCUCAGGCGGAAGAACGUCGACGUUUGUUAGCCAUUGAGGCUGGUCGUGAACGGAUGGAAUUCGAAAGAAUUUUAAAACGCCAGCAGGAAAUGAUGGACAAUGAUCAUCGUGAGGCAAACGAGAUGAAAUUGAGGAACGAAAAACACGCACAGGAAAUUCGUCGGCAGAUUUGUGAACGUGAACAAGAACGAAUCGCAGAACGGAAUGCAUUUUUUGAGGAGGGUGUCAAACUGGAAGAAGAAGCUAGACUUCGACAGAUUCGGUUGGCAGAUGCGAAAAGCCGAAAGCUAAAAGAACUCCGGCGGGNCCCGGAGAAAUAUUUGGCUCAAGUGGAACGAAAAGUGUUGCAGUUGGGCGAUACGAAAACAUAA